AUGUGGUGGAGACUUUGCAGCUUGCUGGCUUGGUUCCCCUUACAAGAAGCCUUUCUGACUAACCACAUGGAAACAGUCACCGUGGAGGAAGGCCAGACGCUCACUCUCAACUGUGUUGUUUCUCCAGAGAAGACCACCUCCCUGCAGUGGCUGGCCCCGUCAGGGUUCACCAUUUUUUUAAAUGAGCAUCCUGCUUUACAAAAUUCCAAAUACAAGCUUCUUCACCACUCCACCAAUCAGCUCUCCAUCAGCGUGCUUAACGUCAGCCAGCGGGAUGAAGGCGUGUACAAGUGCUUACAUUACAGUAACUCCGUGAGAACAAAGGAAGUAAAAGUGAUGGUGCUAGCAACACCUUCCAUGCCAACCCUGGAAGCUUCAGUUAUCAGAACGCAAAAUGGAAAGGAACACGUUACACUUAGAUGCUCCACUGUGAGAAGUAAGCCCCCUCCGCAGAUAACCUGGAUUUUAGGGAAUGACAUAGAGCUCUAUGGUGAAACCCACCAUGAAUUUGAAAUGGAUGGGAAGAAAUGUAAUAGCAGCAGCCUCCUCAGAGUCCACAAAUAUGGCAAAAACUCAACAGUGAACUGCAUCAUCCGACACAAAGGUCUACAGGGAAGAAAACUGGUAGCACCUUUCCGAUUUGAAGAUUUGGUCACUGAUCAAGAGACGGCUUCAGAUGCCCCGGAGAAAAGCUCCCCAUCCUCUCAAGACCCUCAGCAGCCCGCUAGUACCGUUGCAGUAAUGGAAGAUUCUAGUACAACAGAGAGUGACAAGGAAGAGAAAGAACAAACCACUCAGGACCCUGACUUGGCCACUGAAGCCAAUAUUCAGUACUUGGGAGUGGUACGGAAGAAAAAUGGCAUUCUGCUGCUCACACUCGUGUCCUUCCUGAUCUUUAUACUCUUCAUCAUCGUCCAGCUCUUCAUAAUGAAGCUUCGGAAAGCACAUGUGGUGUGGAAAAGAGAAAAUGAAAUCUCAGAACACACUCUAGAAAGUUACAAAUCGAGGUCAAAUCAUGAAGAAACAUCAUCCCAAGAGAAAAAUGGCCAAACUUUCCACUCUAAGAGCUACAUUAACUACAUCACACAGUUGUACUCAGAAGCAAAAACGAAGAGGAAGGAAAACGCACAAAAUCCAAAAUUAGAAGGAGAGCCCACUCAUAUACCAGAGAGCAUUGUGUAG